AAAACUGUUUCAGCAAUGCAGACAAUUAAGUGUGUUGUUGUGGGCGAUGAUGCCGUUGGUAAAACCUGUCUCCUAAUAUCCUACACAACAAAUAAAUUUCCAUCGGAGUAUGUACCGACUGUUUUUGACAACUAUGCAGUCACAGUUAUGAUUGGUGGAGAGCCAUAUACUCUUGGACUUUUUGAUACUGCAGGGCAAGAGGAUUAUGACAGAUUACGACCGCUGAGUUAUCCACAAACAGAUGUAUUUCUAGUGUGUUUUUCAGUGGUCUCUCCAUCCUCAUUUGAAAAUGUGAAGGAGAAGUGGGUGCCUGAGAUAACUCACCACUGUCCAAAGACUCCUUUCUUGCUUGUUGGGACCCAAAUUGAUCUCCGAGAUGACCCCUCUACGAUUGAGAAACUUGCCAAGAACAAACAGAAGCCUAUCACUCCAGAGACUGCUGAAAAGCUGGCCUGUGACCUGAAGGCGGUCAAGUAUGUGGAGUGUUCUGCACUCACACAGCAAGGCCUAAAGAAUGUAUUUGACGAAGCAAUAUUGGCUGCCCUGGAGCCUCCAGAACCGAAGAAGACCCGCAGAUGUGUGCUGCUAUGAACAUCUCCA